CUAUCCACUGAGCCAAACCGAUUCUGGCACACACAUAAUUUUCUUUGCUGAUUUUAACAUAAGCCUUCUGUAAGACACAACCCAAGUGUAAUUUUCAAAUAGCAGAAUGUUUGGUCUAUUUACUGGGAUUUGUUAAAUUGCUGUUUCAGUGCUGAAUAUAUUGUGCAGUAGUUACUGUGAUAAGAUGGGGCUUCAGCCUACACUAUAAUUUCUCUUGUAUAAUCUUAAAAACAAUUGUUCUGAUUUUCUAUGAGUUGUUACCAUUAUAGAAGUAGUCACAUUACCUUAUAAAUAAUCAGAAUUUGUACAAUCAAAUGAGUGGUUAUUUCUCUCACCCCAAAAAACGCAAUCACUUUGGGAAGCUAUAAACUUGGUUCAGUAAUACUGCCAUUGUUCAUUAAAAAUUUUGAAAUUACUUUCAGUUUGCAACACUUUAAAAAGAUAUCUUUAAUGGUACUUAAUCUUCAUCUUUUGAAAUUGGACUUAAUUUCUGGAAAGUUCUCACACAGUCUUUUAUAACUGAGACCAGUGAAUAAAAUUUGUAUUUAAACCACUCUUUGGGAUAAAAAUGAAGUGAUAUUAUUUUCAUAUAUUUAUAUAUACAUUUGAUACUAUGGUUUAUAGAAAACCUCCAGGAAUAUUCUGUGCCAUAGUAGAAAUAUUGUGAUAAUCAGCCUCAAAGGGGCGAUUUAUUUGAAGGAUAUAGCACUCAGUUGAAUACAUAAGCUCUUAUACAUGUACUAGAGGCCUGGUGCAUGAAAUUUGUGCACUCGGGGCAAAGAGGGGGGGAGUCCCUCAGCCCAGCCUGUGCCCUCUCGCAGUCCAGUCUGGGGCUCUCGCAGUUUGAGACCCCUCACUCCUUACCGCUCACCUGCGGCAGAGGUGGGAGAGGCCCCCGCCACUGCCACUGCGCUCACCAGCAUUGACCACCAGGGGACAGCUCCUGCGUUGAGUGUCUGCCCCCUGGUGGUCAGUGCACAUCAUAGCGACUGGUAGUUCUGCCAUUUGGUCUAUUUGCAUAUUAGGGUUUUAUUAUAUAGGACUAGAAGCCCAGGGCAUGAAUUUCUGCAUGGGUGAGGUCCAGCCUAACUGCCCCAAUUGGGGCCAAUUUGGCCAGCCAGGGGAGGGGCUGCCGGAGGUUGGCUGGCCAGGGGGAGGGGCCACGGGCGGUUGGCCAGCUGGCCCUGCCCCCUGGUCGAACUCCUGAUCUAGGGGACAAUUUGCAUAUUGGCCUUUUAUCUUAUAGGAGAAUUAUGAGGUCAGUCUCAUUACAUUGUGAUAUUUCUAGUUUCCUUAGCAACCACAGAAGUAUAUAUGUGCUACUGUGUUAUUGUUUUUCUAGUUAUCUUGUCUCUAAGUGUUCCUUUACUAUAUGCUUGUGAUAAUUUUGAUGGAGUUCAUCCUUUUCUGAAUUGGAAAUUUACAGCAUUUGUUUUCCUUUCCCAAUACCAUGCUCUGCUUCACCAUGAAACUUCUUUUUAUCUGGUUAUGUUAUUGGAUUGUUAAUAAGUUUUCUGUUGUAUUAUAUUGUAUCUUUAACUUUGAGUUGUUUAAAGCCACUGCCAUUUUGUAAAUUAUAUAAAGGCUGCAAUCUUAGUGGAUAGUUGUCUCUCAGCUUUGCACCACUGUCUUUUUUAGGUCAAUUAUGACUUUAUAACUUUCUUUACAUAAAUUGAUUGAUCCUUUAUGUUAUAAUUCAUGUCAUAUCUCUGUUCAGAAUUUUUCUUUGCUUAUAGGAUGAAUCAUUCUGAUAAUCUCAUCCUACUUCUCUAUACUUGUGUAGAGAAGCAUAAAACCUUUCAUCACACCUUUUAGGUCACAUUAUUAUUUACUAAACUUACUAUGUUCUUUCUCAAUGACCAAGUUUUGACCUUACCAUUUUUAUCUGCCCGAAAUCACUUUUUUCUUUCAUUCUUUUUGUUCAAAUAUAACCAAUCUGUUAGAAGUCUAUCAGGUCAUGUCUGUUCAAUAAAACCUUUAGUGAAUCACAUGCUAUUCUGAUCUUUCUGAAUCUUUACACUUUUAUCGGUUAUUUUUAUCAUUUACUUGGUACUAAAUGAAUACUACCUUGCAUUUUUCUUACUAUAUGUUUAUAUGUUUUAUUUCUAUACAUGGAUAAUAAUCUUCUGAAGAACAGUACCAUGAUUUUUCUAUGUAUCUCUUUCAGCAAAACAUAUAGCAUAAUUCAGAAUAGAUGUUCAUGUAAUGAUUUCAUAGAUGUUCAAUAAAUUAUUUUUAUUUUUUUAAAAAUAUCUUUAUUGAUAUUGAUUGAGGAAGGGAGAGGGAGAGAGAGAGAGAGAAACAUCAAUGCGGAGAGAGAAUUAUUGAUCAGCCACCUCCUGCACAAUUGGGGAUCAAGCCUGCAACCCAAGCAUAUGCCCUGACAGGGAAACGAACCUUGACCUCCUGGUUCAUAGGUCUGUGCUCAACCACCGAACCAACAUGGCUGGGCCCAAUAAAUUAUUUGCUGAAUAACUAUCCUGCCAGUUCACUCAGAAGCUUAAGUGAAAAUGGUACGUGAAACAAGGAGGAAUUCUAAAAUUCAAGAGCGUGAGCAAAAAUCUCGAGUUGAUUGGAAGCGGACUAAAAGAAAUAGUUUCUCACAGUUAUUGGAUAGUGAUGAAGACCUUGAGAGUGAAGACCUUGAGAGUGAUGAAGAGCGUGAUAGUGAUGAAAGUAUUGACAGUGAUGAAGAGCUUGCUAGUAACAAAGGGCUUGAAAGUAAUAAAAAGCCAGAAGAUGAAAGUGAGCUUAAGUUAGUUAAAGUUGAAAGUGAAGGCAACAACUGUGAGCAUCUCAUUGACACUGGCAACAGUUCAACAAAUGAAGGAGAAAAUGACAAAGGCAAUCAGAGUAGCACUAUUGAUUUACCAGACCAGGAAAAGCGUUCAAGUCCAGAGGAUGCUGACCUCAGCAAGCACACUGAACAGAUAAUAGAGGAGGAUUUAGAAGAAGAAAACGUAAAGCGCGGGAAGAGAAGAAGGACCUCGGUGAUAAGUGACAGUGAUGAGAGUGGUGACAGCGACGUCCUAAUGAGGAAAGUAGGUGAUAAGCGUCCGCGUAGAGUGGUUGAAGAUGAGUGUUCUUCAGCGGAGAUGGAGCAGACUCAACCUGAGAAAACUUCCGCUGCAAGAAAGCGAGAGCAACUCCAGAAGCUGCAAGAACUCUCAAAACAAAGAUCUCAUCAGAGACGUAAUAGUAGUAGAGAUUUUGAGGACUCUGAAAGGGAAUCCUGCCCAAUCAGUGAUGAAAAUGAUGAAGAGGAGGAGGAGAAUGACGAAGAUGAAGAGGAGGAGGUUGAUGAAUCUGAUGAAGAUGGAGACAAUUACAUUAUUGAUGACUUUGUAGUACCAGAUGAGGAGGGUGAUGAGGAGAAUGAAAGCCAGCGAGGAGAACAAUUGGCUACAUCACAACUGAAAUCUAAUUCACUUUAUUCUUUUAGUGACCCCUACACGCACUUUGAAAGAGUUGUGAAGGCUCUCCUGAUCAAUGCUUUAGAUGAAUCAUUCCUGGGAACAUUAUAUGAUCACACCAGGCAGAAAUCAUAUGCACGAGAAAUGCUGACAUCUCUUGAUUAUUUGGACAACCACUUUGUUCAGCCUCGUCUGGAGAACUUAUUCUCUAGGAGUCGCUGGAAAGAGCAGUAUAAGGAGCGGGUAGGAAGUUAUUCUGAUGUGAACAUCUCUCCAAAGAAUGCUAAAGACUGUUCCUGCCAGGCUUGCGGGUUGCAUCGCCACUGUGCAUAUUUAGUGAGCUUAUCAGGGAAGCAGUACAACCCCAGGACUAUGAAAACUGAUGAUUUCAUGCCAUGGGACAAGCAGGAAUUUUUUAUUGGCAGAAUUUGUGCUAACCGUACCAGAGUUUAUCAUAAACUGAAACAUUUUAAAUUCAAGCUGUAUCAAGAAUGUUGCUCCAUAGUAAAUACAGAAAAACUUGAGGAUGAAGAAGUUAAAGAAACAGUGGAAAGAAUUUUCGAUCAUUCAAAAGAAAAUGGCUGGAUUAAGAAGAAAUAUGGUCUACUUCAAAGAUAUCUCAAUGAUGCGGAUUACUUUCAAGAUGAGAAGUUUGCAAUGUAACACCUUUUCUUCAGAGAAGAUUUUAUGAAUUCCUAUAGAUGUGAAGAUCAUGAAUAUUGUUUCUCUGUAUCAUGUGACGUAUUUAUAUAUUUUCUGUAUAUCUUCAUGGCAAAGUAUCUUGUUUAAAACAUGUUCAUCUUAAUUUCCAUGAAGUGGUACUCUACAGUCUAAUAAACUUGUAUCUGCUAUACAUAGAAAACAUAAGCCUAAUCACUUUUAAAUGUAUUUUGAAGUUAAUAACAAUAUCUUUAUAACAGAUGAUUAUCAAUCAAGUGAAUAAAUGUUCAUGUCCUGUCAAUUCAAUAGAAAAAUACUGUAUUUUUAAAAUGUACUUAGACCAACAUCAACAUGUAUGUAUUGCUAACUAAUAUCGACAUGUAUAUAUUGCUGAUGAACAUUAACAUGUAUGUAUUGCUGAAUCCCUGCCCAGAUGUGUUUUUUAUCCUCUUUUCACUACUGUAUUUUUUACUGCUAUCAUGUAAAUCAUUUGGCCAUGGAAUAGACCUCAGUGUUUCGUUCACUUCAAUGCCCUUGCCUCAGAAUCAGACUAUAGUAAUUUUUUCUUUUUCUAAAGUUUCCCUUAGAAAUAAAUUUCAGGCCUCCAGAGUUUUAAUCCUCAUAUUCAGGAAUCAUUUCAUAAUAUGUAUUUUUCAUGCUUCGCAAUGUUUUCCUUUUUUCUGUUCAAAUUUUAUCUGUGUUAAUGAUUAAGAUGCAUUUUAUUGCUUUUUAACAAUAAUUUUAUAAUAUAACUAUUUCUUUUAGGAUCAGAAGAUCUCAGAGAGAUAGAUUCAGCCAAAUAUAUUUUAAAAGUAUACUUUGGCCUCUGCAUUGCUUUGCACAUCUAAAUUUAUCCAUAAUUUAAUAAAAGUAAAAUGGUUUCAGAGUAAACAAA